AUGUCCCGUCAACCAUACAUUCACAACUCAAACCAACACCAUUUGCUGACGAAUACUCUUUUUCUCCAAAGAACCACACGAAUUACGAAAAUUCCAAAUUCCCGCCAAAAGAACACGUACAUCAGCCUGACCACACGCGCACACACAGAGAGACAGGCAGAGGGAUACGUACCUCGCGUUGCGACCAGCGGCAGUGAGGGUCGAAGACGGGAGGAAUGGGAGGGGCAUUUUCGGAAACAACGACGAAGCAUCCCGUCAGGAGCUUACGGUAGUCAGCGGAGUCGCCAGGUCCGACGAGGAACGACAUGGCUUCAUCGCCGCUGCAGGCGAGGCAGCGGCCAAGCGGGCAGCGGCACUCGGCGUCCGCCGGCGGAGGUAUUAAGGCAAGGAUGGUGUCGACUAGCGGCCGAGCACGGGUGCGAAACAAUCUCCAGAGGACCUCCGGAACUCUCUCUCUCUUCCUCGCCAUUGGUGGAGAAGAAAUGGAUAGGAAGAGAAGGAAUAGCUUUCUAUUCUUAUUCCGGAGGGUACAAGCCUGAGAAGGAGGUCUCAUUCAACACUCCAGGGUAUAGGUUUAUGGUUGUCCUGGUGGAGGUUGGGGCUCAAUUCUUUGUGUACAAUGUGGUCGAGGUUAAUAUGAUAUAG